UCUGGGCGGCGCCAGGUUCCGUCCUCCCUGCCAGGGACUCACCAAGCCUCACGCUGCAGGGGCCAGUCACGGCCAGGGACCAGCCAAGGAGCUCCUUCGAGGCGCAUGGACAGGCUGCCAAGCGGCGGGGUCGCGCGCCUCCUGCUCAGCGCCCUCCUCCUCCCGCUGCGCGUGGGCUCGGCCGCAUGCCCGUGCCAGGAUCCCACGCUCUGCAACCCGAUCACGACCACCAGGGACUUCGAGAUCUUGGUAUUUGAUGUUGGUGGAAAAACAUGGAAAUUCUACAACUGGACACAAAUUACAACAGUGGCAACUUUUGGAAAAUAUGACCCUGAACUUAUGUGUUAUGCCCAUUCUAAAGGAUCCAGAGUCGUUUUAAAAGGAGAAGUAUCUGUGAAGGCAAUUGUUGAUCCUGCUGUCAGAGCAGCCUGGAUAAACCAAAAGGUGGAGUUGGCCAAAACACAGUAUAUGGAUGGAAUCAAUAUCGACAUUGAGCAAGAAGUUAAUAAGUUUUCAGCUGAAUACUAUGCAUUAACAGCUUUGGUUAAAGAAACAACAGAAGCUUUUCACAAAGAAAUUCCAGGAUCACAGGUAACUUUUGAUGUAGCCUGGUCUCCAGAAUGUAUAGACGGAAGAUGUUACAACUACACUGGGAUUGCUGAUUCUUGUGACUUUGUGUUUGUAAUGUCUUAUGAUGAGCAGAGUCAAGUGUGGUCAGAAUGCAUAGCAAGAGCUAAUGCACCAUACAACCAGACAUUAGCUGGCUAUGACAAUUAUAUUCGCUUGGGAAUCAAUCCAAAGAAACUGGUGAUGGGUGUUCCAUGGUAUGGCUAUGAUUAUACCUGUCUAGACUUAUCUAAGGACCAUGUUUGUUCCAUUUCAAAAACCCCUUUCAGAGGGGCUCCUUGCAGUGAUGCAGCAGGACGUCAAGUUCCUUAUAAGAAAAUAAUGAAUCAGGAAAAUAGUUCUCUUUCUGGGAUCCUAUGGGAUGAAGAACAGAAAGCCCCAUUUCUGGAAUACAAAGAUUCACAUGGUGCAUUUCAUCAAGUAUGGUUUGAUGAUCCAAGGAGUAUCUCUCUGAAGGCAGCUUAUGCAAAAGAUCGUGCCUUAAGGGGUGUGGGUAUGUGGAAUGCAGAUUGCCUUGACUAUUCUGGCAGCUCUGUAGCACAAGAGCAAACCCAGGCCAUGUGGGAGGCCUUGAAACCAAACUGAUUUCAGGAGAACAUGUAACUUUUCAACUUUUUUUCUAUUAUGUAGUCUUUAAGUUACAGUUUUGAUUUCCCAUUUAAUACAUUUGUGUCACCAAAUAGAAAUGAUGUUAUAUAUCUUAACAUAUAUCUCUUUCCAUCUCCUUAAUAGAUCUGCCAUUUAGUAUCAAAAACUAUAGACCUGGAGAGUUAAGAGCAUGCCCACCAAGAAUUCGUAGAUUCAGGAGAACUGGGAGUGAUAGUGAUUAAAUGUAUAACCUCCCUUCUUGUGCAGAUAACUAUCCUUCUCCCGCCAUCAUACAUCACAGCAAUGAUAAUCCACUGCCCUGUUCUUUGUACCUCCAAGAAACCAAUACAUAAGCUAUCUCCAGCCCUCCCUAAGCUAUGCAGACACAAAAUAUAAUUCCAAAUUCCACACCAAUCCCCGGAGGUCAUUUCUAGAACAAGAGCUUUCUCUAGUUCAUGACAGAAAUAUAUUACAUUGCAAAAAAUAUUCACCAAGCUUUCUUUUCUUGCUGGUGCUGUACUCUGAUCUGUGGAACAGGUGAACCCAAUUCCAUCACUAUGAAAGAAAUAUUCCCUAUGUGCACCAAAAAAUGUGUGGAGCUCACUACCGGCAUGGAGAGGAGCAGAGUGCUACAUAGUAGCCAUGGGGUGACCACCCCUGUUUUAACCACUGCCUGUUGUAAUGGAAAGCCAUUAGGGAUUCCUCAUUUCCCUGUCCAAGUGGGCAAAAUCCCACCCCAGAAUAAAAUAUAGGGGUGGAGGGUGGUGAAACAUACAAUUUAAAAGGGAGAAAAACAGGGUAAAAUGGGGGAAGGGAGGGGGAAGAGAAGUUGGACAGCAGCAACAAUAUAGUCCACAGCAACCGAGAAACCCCAACUCCCGAGACAAGUGCUGCUUACAGAUGCCAGGCAUUGAAUUUACUCCACCACUGAGCUAUAGCCCAUCUUCAAAGAUUUUUACAACACACACACACAGAGUGUAAUGUAAGCAGUCAUGGUUUGACUGCUUUAACUUGCUUUCAACUUUACACUGAAGCUGUAUACAAUGGCAUGGUUUUGAAUAACAAAUGCAGAUGGAUCAAGAAUAAUGUUGUCUCUC